CACUUUUUCUUUUGGAGGGGCUGGAGUCAAGCAUUUCUCUCUCGGUCUUUAUGAGGGGAUCUGCUAGGAUGCCACCAAGCACUCUAAAAAGGUUUCCGCCAACGUGUAUGACACGCUCACGGGGAAUAGAGACCCUGUGUUCACCUUUCACCAGGAGGAAUUUGGUCCGCACUAUCUUAUUCACACUCUCGCCCCCAGUCAGUGGUAACUAUUAUCCCCAUGUGGACAAGCUGACGCUCCUGUCCCGAAUUCACGUAUUUGGUAAGAAUCGGUCUACACUCGUACGUGGACAAAAUACAAAUUCCGAUCUGCUAGGAGUCUCCUACAGUAUGCUUACGGUAUGGCGCCACCACGUUAAAAGAAGAGAAAAUAUUUGCAAAGGUCAACGAAGCCCACCGUAGAAUGUCUUUUAAGGGGGGGACGAGUAAGGCAGGAAGAGUGGAAGAUAGCGAGAGUGAUGAAUUAAAACACAAACACAUAAAGAAUGAGCAGGACAAUCAGUCAGUCAUGCAAACAAAACUUUAGAAUUCGAGAGGUGUUGAGCACCCUUUAAAGUGACCCGAUCAAAGGAAACGAAACAAUUCUUAUUAAAGAAGGCAAACUCUAUCUUUGUGGUCAGUGGCAUGUAGUAGUGUGCCUACUGUAUGGUGUGUAUGUAUCUGCUUCCUGUAAAUUCUAAACUCAGGACCAACGCAAUCCUAGUCUGAAACCACUAUCUAUCCUUUGCAUGGGGCCGCGAUCCUCCCAUCCCAGAGAGAUACACAUUCUGGUUUUAGUUGCUUAUUCUCCUUCCUUGCCUACUGUAGCUUACUUGGAUCGGGUUUCCGGUACCAAGCCAACCAGGAGGGGACUAGCUGCCUAUUUUCUUGCCUGCGUCACUUUGUCUGACACAGCGGACGGGCACUUGAGAAGCUUCUGUGUGAAGUGUUACUGGCUGGGUGAGGGAGAGGCCCCGACCGUAGAUAUGGAGCAGCCAAGUGGGCGGGCAUCGAUGUUGGAUAUUACAUUUACAGCGUACCCAAGGAAAAUGGAU